AUGUUAGCAGUGGACGACGGGUUUAUCGUGUACGGACCAAGGCUGUUGAUACCACACGGCCUGCGCCGUGAAACACUGGAGAAACUGCACGCCGGUCAUCAAGGGAUCGAGCGGACGAAGCGCCGUGCUCGACAAACCACUUAUUGGCCGGGUAUGGAUCGUGACAUAGAAAACUUAGUCUCCAGUUGUCCUCAGUGUCGACCUCUCCUCCCGAGUCAUCAGAAUGAGCCACUCUGGCAGGACGACGACCGGCCCAGCAGAGUCUUUGAGUCGAUGUCGGCCGAUUACUUCCACGUCGCUGGCCACACGUAUCUUGUGUACGUAGAUCGGAUGUCUGGAUGGCCGUAUGUUACUGCCUGCCCUCGUCCCGCGUCAGCAGACAACCUCAUCCGAGCUCUGAGGUCGGUAUUUGCUGACACUGGUGUUCCUGUCAUUCUGAGGACGGAUGGUGGUCCCCAGUUCAAGGCUUCAACAACACGCCGCUUCCUGGCUCGAUGGGGGGUGGAGCACCGGGUGUUUUCCCCACACUACCCUCGCGCCAAUGGACACGCUGAGGCCGCUGUCAAAGCUGUCAAGAAGCUCAUAUUGACGACCACGGAAAGGGGGCACUUAGACAGCGACGCAUUCACCAGGGGUUUACUGGAGUACAGGAAUACGCCGCGUGCUGAGGGAAGAUCACCAGCACAGAUACUCUUUGGACACCCCAUGAGAUCUACGGUUCCUGCCCAUCAUCGUUCAUAUGCACCAGAGUGGCAGCGCGCAGCAGACGAGUGUGACUUAAGGGCAGAACGUCUCAGGAACCAGGCGAAGCAGAGGCACGACACUACUGCACGAGAACUUCCUCGCCUUCAUCUCGGUGGUUAUGUCGACGUGCAAGAUCACGUGAGUGGCCAGUGGAACAAAGUGGGCGUCAUCGUGGGGGUAGAAAGACGACGCGACUACCUUGUCAAGAUGAACAGUGGGCGCAUCCUAUGGCGGAACCGGAAAUUCCUUCGUCCUCAUCGCCCGCUUAUGGGGAGAACAAAUCCACUCCUCUCAACAUCUCGGCACACACUCCAUCGCGCGAGGAUGCAGUACCACAGCUCGACUCACAGCUCCCGCCCCGUCGCAGUGGCCGCAACCGAAGACCACCACAGCGACUGCAAGUACGAUGGGACUCGGAUACCUACUCACAAUGAUGCUUAGACAUAGUUAGACAUCUGUACAUUAGGUUCAGCUCUGAUGUCUUGGGGGAGGUGUGUGGUUUGAUAGUUCGUAGUAAAAGUGUAAUUGUGUUUGCGAGUUUAGGUAUCUUUGUAUGAGGGAACAAAUGAUUGUUAAUACUGGCUGUGUAAAUAAAGAGCGAGCGUUCGAGUGCUACGACUGGGCGAGCCACCGAACGCACCUGCUGACCUGCACCGUGGAGGAUGGCAGUUCUGACUUGGAGCCACAAGGUGCAGCUACACACACCUUCCUCCGCUCCAGCCUGCUCGCUCUCGGCAAUCGUGUGCCGCUCCCACUUGUGUUCUUCACGCACCUGUACAUACUUCUGCACUAAUAUACUGCAAGCGUACUUGGUGUUUUA